AUGAGUGCUCCAGCUGUGGCCUCCAAGGGCGCGUACGUCAUGAGUAAGGUGGACGGCCUCAUCAACUGGGCCCGUGUCUCAAGUCUCUGGCCGAUGACGUUCGGCCUGGCGUGCUGUGCCGUGGAGAUGAUGCACGCGGGUGCCUCUCGCUACGAUCUCGACCGCUACGGCAUCCUGUUUCGGCCCUCGCCGCGGCAGUCGGACGUCAUGAUUGUGGCCGGCACCCUCACCAACAAGAUGGCUCCCGCGCUGCGGAAGGUGUACGACCAGAUGCCCGAGCCGCGCUGGGUCGUUUCGAUGGGAUCUUGCGCGAAUGGCGGCGGGUACUACCACUACAGCUACUCGGUGGUGCGCGGGUGCGACCGCAUCGUGCCUGUGGACGUGUACGUGCCUGGGUGCCCGCCCACGGCCGAGGCGCUGCUGUACGGCAUCAUGUCGCUCCAGAAGAAGAUCAAGCGCAUGAACACGGCGGAGGCCUACUUCGAGAACGGCUCGUACAAGUGA